AUGUGUUUGUGUAAACGAUUAUUUUUAAUAGUGAUUGCUUGUUUUUUUACUAACCAUGUUAAAUGUCAGCAAGAAGUGCUUAUAGAGGAAUCAUCUGCUAUAGAAUCAUUUCACUCUGGCGUGGGCGGCGCGGUGGAGCUGCCUUGUGACGUCACACCCGCCCUCCCCAACGAUAGCAUGGGCCUUGUCAUCUGGUACAAACAAGGGCAUGACACGCCGAUAUACACAUAUGACAAGCGGGAGGGUGUGACGUCACACUGGUCAGAUCCCUCGACGCUGUCAACGCGAGCUACCUUCCGCACCAACGCGGAACCAGCUGUGCUAUUACUCACCAAGCUAAGAGCUGAAGACAGUGGACAAUAUAGAUGCCGAGUGGACUUCAUUAGAUCACCUACGAAGAACACAAGACUCAAUCUAACUAUACUUAUUCCACCUGAGCGGCUGCUGAUUCUGGAUCAGGAAGGUGACGAGAUCAAAGGCGGCGUGCUCGGCCCCUACGACGAGGGCACUGAAGUCAAUCUCACUUGCGUCGCUGUUGGAGGUCGUCCACCAGCACGCGUUUCCUGGUGGAAGUCGCACGCGCUACUCGCGAACUCGGAGGCGCGCGCCACCGUCUCCUUCACACUGCAACGAGCCGACUACGGCUCUGAAGUCACCUGUCAGGCAGUGACGGAUCCUUCGAUAGCGCCGCUCUCCGAGAUCCUGACGAUUGAUGUGAACCUUCGACCGUUAUGGGUGAGGUUGCUAGGGGGUAAACGACCCCUGGUAGCUGGAAGGCGUGCAGAGCUGGUGUGUCAAGCGGUCGGCGCGCGACCAUCGCCCAACAUAUCCUGGUGGAAGGGUGGUACAAGACUCACCACUGUUAGAGAAACUACCUCUCCCGAUGGCAACGUGACCAGCAGUACUUUGAGCUUUAUGCCCAGUAUCGAGGAUGCGGGUAGGGUGCUCUCUUGCAGAGCUACACAACCAGCUCUCCCACGAGCCGUUCGAGAGGAUGGAUUUCAGCUCGAAGUACAACAUUUGCCAGUAGUGAAGUUAGAGCUUGGCGCAAACCUGGACGCUUCUAAGGUGGUAGAAGGAUCAGAUGUUUAUUUAGACUGUAUGGUGCGGGCAAAUCCGUGGCACACGCAUGUCUAUUUCACGCACAACGGUGCGACGGUACGUGGUGGCGGUGGUAUAGUAGUCGCCAACCAGAGCCUCGUGCUACAGCACGUGUCGCGCCGUGCUGCUGGCGCGUAUGUGUGCGUCGCACGGAACGCACUGGGGGAGGGUUCCAGCGAGCCACUCCACCUGGAUGUCAAGUACAGCCCAACGUGCAAGAAUACUCAGCCAAUACCGCUGCGUGCGGCUCGAGGAGAGACCGUGGAGAUUGACUGUGAGUUGGAGGCAAAUCCACAGGAGGCCAUGACAUAUCAAUGGUGGCUCAAUAGCACGGCUCAUUCGAAGCUCGAACUCAAUACGAUGGCUGUACACGCGCAGAACAAUCUUGGUAGAUACCUAUACACGGUUAACACUUCAGCUGACUACGGCUGGGUACAAUGUGCCGGCACUAACUCGGUGGGCCGUCAGGAGGUUCCCUGCUUGUUCAACAUUUUACCCGCUGAAAAGCCGUCUCCUGUGAAAAGUUGUACGAUCACAAACGUGACACACGAGUCAGUAUCGUUAGCCUGCGCGUCCGGACAUGACGGUGGGCUGCGACAGGCCUUUCUUUUGCAGGUGUUCGAUAUGGCAACGGGCUCGUUGCUGCGUAACAUGAGCAGCGAGGAGCCGCAGUUUGCGGUGUGGGGUCUGACCGGCGCCGUGGGCAUGUCCGUUCGUGCUUACAACAGCAAGGGGUCCAGUGAGCCCUUUACACUAUCAUCUAGCUUGCUAAAACACCCACUGCGGCAAACGGCAAACGUGCCAGUUCGCGUAGAAUUGACAACUAUACUGGUAACAGUACUGUGUACCGUAGCUGGCAUUGCAGCUAUCACGACCAUAUCAGCAUUUAUCUUCUGCUGGAAAUACUGUCAGAAGGAAGAAGAGAAAAAUGAGAAAGCAAAACGUAAACAAGAUGAAAUAUCAAACACACCGCUCACUGGUAACAAUGAUGAAAGCGUUGAUAGUUUAGAUAAAAACCCAGAUAUAAUACCGAUUGAAGGUAAAAUUAAUGAUAAUUGUUCAAACAAAUCUUCAGCGACCGAUUACAGUUCAAUACGACCCCUUCUCUCCAAGUCUGAUUCUGAUAAAUACGGCAACAAUUGCGAUCGCCAUUGUGAACACAACGAGCCUUGCAGCCAAUACGUGCAAGUACGUCCGUUGGACUUCAGAGUGCAUCAGUACCAACAUGGCCUUCACAUGCCCAACAUUGGACCAAGUUUAAAUCUAGGACCAAACUUGAGCCACAUACCAAAUAUUGGUCCAAACGACUGUCAAGCGCCGUAUGACAAAGUGUACGAGAAUUGGUUAAAGUAUAAGAAUUCUUUGCCAUUAAAUACGAGUGGAUUGCUACCAAUGGAGCAGUGUAUGCCUCCAGAGUUGUAUCCCCCAAGUGUAUACAAUACGGCGAGUAGGAAUCCCCUAAACUUAGCUCAGAUGCCUGAACUGGAAUCUUACCACGCGGAGCCUCGUUCAAUCACGCAAGAGUACCGCGGCGCUUCGCCCCCAGUGCGAGUCAACCCAGAUAGCACCAGUGCUUACUUUAGCAAGAAUUUGCUGCAAAGGUCAGCUAUUGGUAACCCAUCACGCCCGGACGUAGAAUCCACUAUGAAAUCCGUUGAAACCAACACACAACAAAAUGACCAUAGACAAGAGUGUAGGUGAGAAAACGUUGAUGAUUACUCAGAAACGAAAAUGUGAUGUGCUAAACUUUGUG